AACUAUUCAUCACCAGUCAAGGUCACAACGUCCCCACGUCAGUCCACAUCGCCAUGUCCCAGCAACAACCCCCCAACAACAAGCGUCCAAUCGCCGCAACCUCCCACUAUGGCCAACAGCAGCAGCGCCGGGGUCGCUUCCAGCAGCACAUCAACGUACCCGUUUCCCCGCGGGACGUCCUAGAUCCGGCCCGGCGACGCCCAUCGUGGCGUCCGCCGCUUCACCCCUCCUGGACGUGGAGGAACGCCGGCAACACCUCGAACAACUACGGCGAGGGGAGGUCGGGGGUACUGAAGCGAAGCUAUGUUGGGGCGCUGAUUUACAGGACCGGUGGCGGAGCGCCGGAGUGCGAUUCCGGCGAGUUGGCCGUGCACGUGUUUGACGGGUAUCGCGUCAAGAUUCGUCGCUUGGAGACGGAAUCCAGGGCUGUUGAUCGGUUUUCCAAGAAGAAACCGCUGAGAAGCCACUUGAGUUCGAAUCUGUUUGUCGUGCAGAAGCUGGUUCCCGUCCACUAUUCGACCCAGACUCAUUUUGAGCUGGACUUGGACGGUGGAUUCAAGCAGCGCCACGAAGUUACGUUGAACUUUCAACGGAAAUUUGUUACAAAGUUGGUGUGUUCGUUUGAGCCCUCGGACAAGUGUUUCUAUUCCGAGGCUUAUUUAAAUGUUUUCUAAAAAGGAGUGUUUCGAAGAGUUUAACCAAUUUGUUUUUUUUUGCUCGUCUCGUGCGAAUCAGUUUAUUUGGUUUCUAUAAAUUAAUAGCAAAUAAAAAUUAAAAAGAAUGUUUGUUUA